AUGGGUAGCACGAUAUCUAUCAUCAUCGCUAUGUUAGUUUUAGCCAAAAAUCGCUCAUCGGCAUAUGAUGUAUUCAUUUCAACAUAUAAUGGCACUGGGUUUAGCUUCGCAUAUGUCUGCUUGAUUGGAAUACUACCUACAUUAUUUAGCUUUAGCGGCUUCGAAGCAGCCGGACAUUUGACAGAAGAAACACAUGAAGCAGAUAUAAAAGCUCCAAAAGCAAUAGCUGGCACAUGUAUCAGCGCUGCAUGUGUCGGUUGCGCAUAUUUGUUAUCAUUGCUGUUCGCUGCAGGUAGUCCUGACUAUGUCACUGAAAAUUCAUUGAAUCCUAGCGCUACGGUACAAAUUUUUCAAACAAGCACACCAAAUCCUGUUGCUCUUUUAUUCACAAUUCUAUUAUUAAUAUGUUUAUAUUUUGCUGGAGUAUCAUCAACGACGGUUUCAUCAAGAACAUGUUAUGCUUUAGGCAGGGACUCAUUGUUUCCCUAUAAGAAAUACUUGUGUAUUGUUCAUAAAGGAACACACACACCAUUGCUAUUGUCAACGACAGCUUUUGCCGCUAUUGUAUCAAUAUCAACCAUCGGUUUUCAAGUUUCCUACGCAAUACCGAUCUUCUUUCGUAUAACAUCAUCGAGAAAAACAUUUAAGAAGGGUCGAUUCAAUUUAGGCAAAUUCGGCUACCCGGUAACAGCUGCAAAUAUGAACUGGUCUAUUGUGGUGUGUACAGGAAUAUCUAUCUUUGGUGCUCUAUAUUGGAUAUUUUCCCUUCGCACAUGGUAUACUGGUCCACCUAGGAUGGCUGAUAAUAGCGUUGUAACGAUUUCACCCGGUCUUGUUAUUACUCAAUUUCGAUUCGUGAAUUUUCGACUUUGA